CAGAUAGUUCUUCCUGCCACCGGUUGUCCCUCUAUCCUUCCCCGCUCAACCGCGGUGUUUGCGGGGCGGUCUCGGCGGGCUGAAGAGGACACAACCCCUUAGGGCAGCUUCCCUCAGCUGGAUUGCUUGCCAUCCUCAAGCUUGAAAACCACGUGAAACCGUAUCUUUAAGUGCUGAGUGGGACAUGGUUGAAGGCUGUGGCUGUCCUUUUCACUGGAGUUUUCCUCCGAAGCUACCAGAAUGAUGGAGAAAUGGUACUGAUUGUAUGAAAACAACCCCUUCAGACAACUGUCUUCCUGGGAAGGCCCCUGAAAGAAACAGCUAAAGAAGUUGAAGCCGAAGAUAUUGAAUGCCUUGUCUGAGACCAUUCUGCUGGUGAGUGGCAGGGCUGGGCUCAUACUCACUCUUCUGAUACCUAAGUGAUUUCGGGAGGCCCGUGUCCACAAAGGCUACAUAUUUUUCCUAUGAGGGCCAUGGUCUUUUGUAAUAUUUUGUAUGCAUGCCAGCAAGGAAAUGGAUACUUUUUCUUUUUUAUCUUUUGUAAUUUCAAAUGAAAUCCACAAAAGCAGGAACCAAGAACCUGCGGAAACAGCUGUUGAUUUUCACAUUGAAACCACCAGAGUCAUGGAUAGUGCCUCAGAUGGCCACAGUUUUGCCCGGCACUUCAGUCUGUUCAGUUGGAUUUGUGAGACCUGUCACCCCCAGUUUCAGAAGGAAUCUGAGGUUGCAAGUGACAGAAAAUUCAGCCCAAACUGAGUAGGCAAAACAGGCCUCAAAUGAAUCUGACUUGAAAAUUCCGAAGUUAAGUCUCAGUCCUCCUCAAGUAACACCUAUGAGCAAGAGGAUGGAUUGAGUCCGAGCCUCCAGCCCAGGCCAGAAGAUACACCAACGAGCCAAACUAAGACAACACAUCCAUCUUCAGCUGGAGGAAAACCAGAUAACAUCUGAGUAGAAGCUGGAAACAUCAUUUUACAAACAUAUAAGACUUCAGUAUUCCUCAUAGAGAACGUUUUUUUUGGGGGGUGAGGAAAAACCUCUGCAUUGGCCAAGCAAAAGAACCAGGCUCUGUGACUGAAGUGUCAGCUAAGGAGUGGUUUCUCACACCUCUUCACACCAUCUGGGAAUAAGAAGUUGCAACUAUUUCACACCAUCUAGAAGACAUGGGCUGUGGUAGUUCAUCAAUUAAAAUCAAGAAAUCUGCAAAAACAAUAAGAGCUGCACUGAUUAUCCAAAAUUGGUACCGAGGUUACAGAGCUCGGUUGAAGACCAGACAACGUUAUGCUCUCACCAUCUUCCAGUCCAUUGAAUAUGCCGAUGAACAAGGCCAAUUACAGUUAUCCAAUUUCUUUUCCUUCAUGUUGGAAAACUACGUACAUAUACAAGAGAAAGAUCCAACUUUAGUAAAUCGGCUGUUUGGUUGCGCCCCCCAGGACGACAGGGGUAGACAGGAAUGUAUAGGGAUAAUAGAGGUCCCAGAAUCGUAUAGUGGCCCUCGGCUGCAAUUUCCACUCAAUACUAAUUCUCUUACUAUAAUGAUUGAGGCCUUUAAGAAGCAGCAGAUACUCCAUGCCUAUUAUGUUUUAGAGAUACUAUUCGAAACUAAGGAAGCCAUGAAGCAAAUGCCAAAUUUUACUCAUAUAAGAACUUGUCCCACCAAAGACAUAACAAUCUGUGGCGAUUUACAUGGAAAAUUGGAGGAUCUCCUUUUGAUCUUCUCCAAGAAUGGCCUCCCCUCAGGGUAUAACCCAUAUGUUUUUAACGGUGAUUUUGUAGAUCGAGGAAAAUGUUCCAUCGAGAUCUUAAUGAUCCUGUUUGUGAGUUUUCUUCUCUAUGGCGAUGACCUGUGCUUGAACAGAGGAAACCAUGAAGAUUUUUUGAUGAAUAUGAGGUAUGGCUUCACAAAAGAAGUCUUGAGCAAAUAUAAGAUACAUGGGAAAAAAAUCCUACAAGUCUUGGAAGAAGUUUUUGCCUGGCUACCACUCGGUACAAUCAUUGAUGAUGAAAUCCUGAUCAUGCAUGGUGGCAUAUCAGAGUCCACAGAUCUGAAUUUACUCCAUCACAUAGAGAGAAACAAAAUGAAAUCCGUGCUAAUGCCACCAGUUCCAGUGGAUAAAGAUAGUGGUACUGAGAUGAAGAAUAAAGGACAUGUGCCUCGAGGAGUCAAAUUAAGUGGAUCACCUUCUGAUUAUUUAACAAAGCAUGAGUGGGAACAGGUUAUCGAUAUUCUGUGGAGUGAUCCUAGAGGGAAACGAGGCUGUUAUCCAAACACAUGUCGAGGAGGGGGCUGCUAUUUUGGGCCAGAUGUUACCUCGAAGUUUCUUAAUAAAAACCAUUUGAAGCUGCUCAUUAGGUCUCACGAAUGUAAGCCUGAAGGGUAUGAAAUAUGCCAUGAUGGGAAGGUUAUUACGGUAUUUUCUGCUUCUAAUUAUUAUGAAGAAGGCAGUAAUCGAGGUGCUUACAUCAAGGUUGGUUUUUGUACAACCCUUCGAUUUUUCCAGUACCAAGUAACAAAGGCAACAUGCCUAAGACCUCUUCAUCAAAGAGUGAACACCAUAGAAAGUAGUGCCAUCAGGAUACUGAAAGAGAGAAUGGUUUCACGAAAAACAGAUCUCAUUCGUAGUUUCCAACUUCAAGACCGAACUAAAUCAGGAAAAAUUUCUAUGGGACAAUGGGCUUUUUCUAUGGAAAACACCUUGGGGCUGAACUUACCAUGGAGAACCCUGAGUUCACAUCUGGUUCUCACAGACGAUGAUGGGAAUAUUGACUACAUGACCUGCUUCCACGAUAUUCAAAUUCAAAAACCUGUGAAAGAGGCUCAGUCAGCUCUCAUUGAAACUCUGUACAGAUACCGAUCUGACCUGCAAAUCAUUUUUAAUGUCAUUGACUCUGAUCACUCAGGUCUUAUCUCGAUGGAAGAAUUUCAUUCCAUGUGGAAACUUUUUUGUAGUCACUACAACCUUCAUAUUGGUGAUUCCCAAGUUGAUGAGCUUGCUGAAAGAAUGGACUUGAACAAAGAUGGAAGCAUCGACUUUAAUGAGUUUUUAAAAGCUUUCUAUGUGAUACACCAACUUGACAACUUGAACAAAUCAAACACCCAACUUGCUUAAUAAGAAGUAGAGCUUCCCCUCCUUAUGAACAUAGUCACGAAUACAAUCUUUUGCAGUACCAGUAGUAGAAAGAAGUAGACCCCAAUUUCUGCCAUAAGCAGAUGUGUAAUGUGGGUAUUAGAAGUACCUAGUAAGCUAUUUUGUUAAUACUAGGUUAAAUGUCAGCCCCAGUGGUAGGAAUCACACAUUUCUAGAUAGAAACUGAUUUUGAGACUAGCGUUGGUCUCUUUGAUGUCCACCUACUAGGAGACCAGAGCAGUUUAGAAACAUACUAAAAGAAAGAAACCUAUAGAACACAGAAAAAAACUACACCAUCUGUAAGUGGCCCAGGAAUAGGAGGAGGAAUACUGAACUACUAAUGUAAUAAAAUAUUUCCAGCUUUCAA